CUCCUCCUCGGCGCGACGCGGCGCCGCUGACUCGACCCACUCCGCUCGGGAGACGAGGCCGCUCCGGCUCGAGAAGAGCCAGCGUCUGGCCUUGGCCGCCCUGGGAAUGGCCGGCCUCGAUACCUAGCGCCCGCGGCAGGGAGGGCCUCGCCGGCUUCCCGCCUUCGCGCUUGCAUCUGGACGACUGAGGCUCCCCGAGAGCCGCUGGCACACCCGAAACCGGCCGGCGGCCUGAGCGCCCGCGCCGCCCGUGACCAUGAACGAGGACGCCAUCUGCAGCGCCCUGCCCACCAUCCCCUACCACAAACUCGCCGACCUGCGCUACCUGAGCCGCGGCGCCUCCGGCACGGUGUCGUCGGCCCGCCACGCCGACUGGCGCGUUCAGGUGGCCGUGAAGCAUCUGCACAUCCACACCCCGCUGCUCGACAGUGAAAGAAAUGAUGUCUUAAGAGAAGCUGAAAUUUUACACAAAGCUAGAUUUAGUUACAUUCUUCCAAUUUUGGGAAUUUGCAAUGAGCCCGAAUUUUUGGGAAUAGUUACUGAAUACAUGCCAAAUGGAUCAUUAAAUGAGCUCCUACAUAGGAAAACUGAAUAUCCUGAUGUUGCUUGGCCAUUGAGGUUUCGCAUCCUGCAUGAAAUUGCGCUUGGUGUCAAUUACCUGCACAAUAUGAAUCCUCCUCUACUUCAUCACGACUUGAAGACUCAAAAUAUCUUGUUGGAUAAUGAAUUUCAUGUUAAGAUUGCAGAUUUUGGUUUAUCCAAAUGGCGAAUGAUGUCCCUUUCACAGUCACGAAAUAGUAAAUCUGCACCAGAAGGAGGCACAAUUAUCUAUAUGCCACCUGAAAACUAUGAACCUGGACAGAAAUCAAGGGCCAGUGUCAAGCACGACAUAUAUAGCUAUGCAGUUAUCACAUGGGAGGUGCUAUCCAGAAAACAGCCUUUUGAAGAAGUCACCAAUCCAUUGCAGAUUAUGUAUAGUGUGUCACAGGGACAUCGACCUGACACUAACGAAGAAAGUUUACCUGUUGAUAUACCUCAUCGAACACUUAUGAUAUCUCUAAUAGAAAGUGGAUGGGCACAAAAUCCGGAUGAACGACCAUCUUUCUUAAAAUGUUUAAUAGAACUUGAACCAGUUCUGAGAACAUUUGAAGAGAUAACUUUUCUUGAAGCUGUUAUGCAGCUGAAAAAAACAAAGUUACAGAGUGCUUCAAGUACUGUUCGCCUAUGUGAUGAGAAGAAAAUGGAAUUAUCCCUGAACAUAUCUGUAAAUCAUGGUCCACAAGAGGAGUCAUGUGGAUCCUCUCAGCUCUAUAGAAGUGGUGCUUCUCCUGGAACCUCAAGGUCCCUGUCAGCUCCCCAGGACAGUGACUUUGUAUCUAGAAAAACACAAGAUUAUUCUGUGAAGCUGCAUCACUGCCCAGUAAAUCACAGUUGGGAUAGUACUGUUUCUGCAUCUCAAAAGGCAACCUUCUGUGAUCACAAAACCUCCCCAUGUUCUUUAGUAAUAAUAAAUUCACUCUUGACUGAGGGAAAUUCAGAACGUGUGCAGCCUGGUAUAGCCCAACAGUGGAUCCAGAGCAAAAGGGAAGAAAUUGUAAACCAAAUGACUGAAGCGUGCCUUAACCAGUCACUAGAUGCCCUUCUAUCCAGGGACUUGAUCAUGAAGGAGGACUAUGAACUUAUUAGUACCAAACCCACAAGGACCUCAAAAGUCAGACAAUUACUGGACACUUCUGACAUCCAAGGAGAAGAAUUUGCCAAAGUUAUAGUUCAAAAGUUGAAAGACAACAAACAAAUGGGUCUUCAGCCAUACCCAGAAAUACCUGUGGUUUCUAAAUCACCAUCUUUAAAUUUACUUCCAAAUAAAAGCUUAUAAAUGAAUCUUUUUCAAGAAGAAAAGUCAGUUUAUAAAAGGAUAUUUAUCUCUGUUGCCUUGAUACUGUUUUUUAUUAAAUCCAGUAGAGUAUUAGUGCUUUACUGAAGAUUCUUCCUUAAGUAAAUAUUAGUCUCCUUCCA